UUUUCCUCCCCCCCACUGACACCAACGAUUGGGCACUAUUCCCCCCCCCCCACUGACACCAAUGAUGGGGCACUAUUCCACCCCCCACUGACACCAAUCAUGGAGCACUAUUUCCACCCCCCACUGACACCAACGAUGGGAUACUAUUCCUCCCCCCCACUGACACCAACGAUGGGGCACUUUUCCUCCCCCCCACUGACACCAACGAUGGGGCACUAUUCCUCCGACCCCCCCCACUGACACCACAGGAAAAAUGAUGGGGCACGUCUUCUGGUAUACUGGAAGAGG